UUCAGGCAUAUGUUGCAACUACCUCUGGAUGUUAUCCGAUACAACAAGAUAUAAUUUUACUGUAUGUAUAUAGUUAAAAUAGAUAGUAAUGUGUAAUAUGAUCUGGACAUCUGUGAACCAUAAACAUUAGUAUACACUUGAUAUCUAUUGCCAGGUGCCUUCAAAUGCCUUUUUACCAUUUCAGUGUGUUGCUCCUGUAAUUCACCUUUCGCUUUAAUGUGCAAUGAAACUGAGUAGAUGAAUGGCUAGAUGUUUAAAUUUAAUCAAGGGUCUGAUUUACUAUUAUGAAGUAUGUCAAAUUAUCACUAUCUUCCAAUCAUUGCCAGUGUAGUCUGUUUCUAGUGCUAAACGUUUGGUGUCUGCCAACCAUUGUUGUUGAUCUCGUUUGUUUUGUGUUCUGUGAUUUUGAUUGAACGUAUGUUCAUCUAAAUUGCAGGGUGCAGGUGUUGUGUGUACAUUUAAUGUAUAAGUACAUGACCGUUAACACAAAGAGAUAUUGAUAACUAAAUGUAAAGGUCAGAUGGCAACAAAUGUCAGUAUGCUAGUAUGGAUGGGUCGGCUGAGACAAGGCAAAUAGGGAGGAGGUUCCAGGACACUUGAAUACACCGGUGCUUGAAAAUAAAAAUAAAAGACAGAUGCACAGUAAAAACGGGGGCACUAUUGAUGCAAGGAUUACUACUUGUGUGUACUGUACAGCAAAGUGCUAGACAAAGUUUGCAUGGAUUCAAACUGAAUUAACUGGACGUAGGAUUUUGCACAGGUAGAGUAAUAAUACAGAAGAAUGAGACAAUAAUUUAGAGAUAAAUAAAUACAUUAUAGAUAUAGGACAUUCCCAUGUAAAUAAUAUUCAAAUGUACAAUCUGCACACAUCGCAUAGUCAUACAUAUUUUUUAUCCAUUACUGAACGUAAUCCACAACUAUAGCCUACUGUAUAAGCAUCUUUCAGCGGACAGCCAGACACAUUCUGGUGUAUUCUUGUACAAAUAAAUGUAACUAUAGUUUAUUCAAAAUAAAUAAAUGAGAAUACAAAAGAAAAGAAAUGCUGAUGAUUGUUAAGAGAACUCAUAUAAUUAUCUCGUUAUUCGUAAAUAAAUGAAUCCCGACGUGGUUUUUACGUAUUGCGUCAUUAGUGUGGGCGUUGCUCUCGGUGUGAGCAGCUCGGGUAGUCUGCUCAUAACAACAUGCGUCGUAGGCGGACCGAGGGGGACUCACCAGCCAAGUGACAGCGGAGACGGUUAACCAGCUAUAACGACAGGGUCAACUUAGUCUCUACAGUUGUCUCAACACAAUAUUGAAGUUUUUUGUGACAGUCAGAGAGAAAAUAAUCUCGUUGAGUGACGUUAUCUCACUUGAGGGUGUCUGGUUUCCUCAGUCUGAGGGAUUGCGAUGCCCUCUGACUUUAUCUCCCUUUUCAGCGGGGACCUCGACCUGAAUUCUCCCAGAUCCUUGUACUCAAAAGAAUCAGCGUAUGACCUUCUUCCCAGAGAGCUACAGUUGCCUUCCUCCACUCAUCAGAGUCCAAAAGUCAUGAGUCAAAAGAGCGGCGGAGAGGCAGGGCCUCCCCCUUCAGCUGCUCUAGCAUCAGAUGCCAUGUCCUCCUCUAUGACCAUGGAAGGCCCCCGAAGUGCUUUUCCCAACUCGUCCAGCCCCACCAUGCAUUCCAGUGCUUCAGCCAGUGCACAGAAACCAGUUCACAGCGCCAAUGUUGACCUGGAGGACACCAGGAGUAGCAGAGUGGUUCCAGAGGUUGUCGGAGCAGAAGGUGGGAAUGGUAAAUGCAGCAGGGGCAGCAGUGAGCUAGGAGGAGGAAGAGGCAUAACAUCCCAGGAGGCCCAGCCACAUCACCAGAUGACCCCAUCUAAGCGCCGCACCAUACUGAACAUCUCUCCACCUCCACAAGACCUAUUUGAUGACAGCCAGAUGUCCUGCCAGGAUGAAACAUCCCUGGACUCAGAGCAGAGUAACAGCAUCUGGAUGGAAGACUCUCUCUCCAACUUCAGUAUCAUGAGCACCAUCUCUUACAAUGACAACACAGAGGUGCCACGGAAGUCCCGCAAACGUACCCCUCGGCAAAGGCCUGGUCCUAAGUCUGUGCCUGCAGGAGAAGCCAGUAUGGACGUGUUUGAUGCAGACAGUGCCAAAGGUCCACACUUUGUCCUGUCACAGCUAGGUCCGGACAACAAGACUGGAUCAAAAGGAAGCUCUGAUGAUCCUCAGAAAACUAACCAGAAAGGAGGAACUCUAUCGAUGCAAUACCCACAGAAGAGUGAGGGGAAGGAGGUGAAGAUCCUCGUCCAGCCUGAGACUCAGCACCGAGCCCGCUAUCUGACUGAAGGCAGCAGAGGGUCAGUGAAGGACCGCACUCAGCAGGGCUUCCCUACUGUAAAGCUGGAGGGAGUAAAUGAGCCAGUGGUUUUGCAGGUGUUUGUGGGCAACGACACUGGGCGUGUUAAGCCUCAUGGUUUUUACCAAGCUUGCAGGGUGACCGGCCGCAACACCACAGCCUGCAAAGAGGUGGACAUAGAUGGCACAACUGUCAUCGAGGUGUACCUUGAUCCAAGCACCAACAUGACACUAGCGGUGGACUGUGUUGGGAUCUUGAAGCUCCGUAAUGCCGAUGUCGAGGCUCGCAUCGGUGUGGCUGGAUCGAAGAAGAAGAGCACACGCGCUCGGCUGGUGUUUCGGGUAAACAUCCCCCGUCCAGAUGGAUCAGUGCUCACACUACAGACUCCAUCAUCUCCAAUCCUGUGUACUCAGCCUGCAGGAGUGCCUGAAAUCCUGAAGAAGUCACUACACAGCUGUUCAGUGAGGGGUGGAGAAGAGGUCUUUAUCAUUGGCAAAAACUUUCUUAAAGACACCAAAGUUAUAUUUCAGGAGAAUGUCUCUGAUGAUAAAUCGUGGAAGGCGGAGGCUGAAAUUGACAAAGAGCUGUUUCACCAGAAUCACUUGAUAGUGAAGGUUCCUCCGUACCAGAACCAAGCCAUCACCUCUUCAGUGUGUGUGGGAAUCUAUGUGGUGACGAAUGCUGGGAGAUCCCAUGAUGUUCAGCCUUUUACCUACACACCAGAUUCAGCAAAAACUGAUGUUCCUGUGAAGAAAGAGGCGCCUUCUCCAGUGAAGACUUGCUCAUUUGAAGAACAAAUUAAAGUUCUAGAUGCUGCCUUGAUGCCUUCCAUGUUGCCUUUAGUGAAGAGAGAAGAUGUCACUCCGAUGGAGGUCACCAGUAACCUCCAAUCUUCUGGUGUAUUUAAGCAGACUGGUGACCUGUGUCCAGCCCAGCAGAACCCAGACAUGACUGCAGGACAUCUAAAUGAAAACAGACCAUUCUCCAACAACCUGUCUCAGGCUGCAGGUGACCCUGACAAAGGCCAGGCACCUGUUUUUCUCAACACAGAGCCCUUAAGCACUAUCCAGAAGCAGGACAUGGCAGCCGCCAGCUCUUUCUCGGUGCCUGCUGACUCACUGCUCCAGCAGGGAUCACAGCAGUUCCUUCUGGAGCCUAGGGAAGGCCUCGGACAGGAGAGGCCCGGCAGUGGCUCUGGAGCUGUGGGGAGGCUGUGUGGAGAACCUGCGCCACAACAGCAGCAAUUGCCGCUGUUCCCCCCAGAUGAAGUAGCCCAGCUGGAGGAGGCAGUGAGGCAACUUAAAGCCAAAGGGUUCUGUAACUUACCACUUCAGUCUGACAACUCAAUGGCCAAACACCAGCAACAACACAUGCAGCACCAACAACAGAUCCAAAAACAGCAAAUUCAGCAGCAACACAUUCAGCAACAACAGCUGCAACAGCAGCAGCAACAGCAGCAGGUUUUGGAGAAUUUACAGCAGCAGCUGUUUCAGUCACAGAUUCAAAUGCAGUGUGGCAUGUUUCAGGAUGCCCCUCAGGCCAAGAACGCAGAGCAGGGCUCAUCACAAGGAGUGGUGCCAAACCAGGGGACUCUUUUCCAACAGGCCCAACAGCAGCAGCAGCAUCAACAACAGCAGCAGCAACAAGCAGCUCUAUUUCAGCAGGCGAGUGAUCUGCUCUCUAUUCAGACCAACUUCCUCCAGCAGACCCCCUCACACCCUUCACCACCCAUGUUCCACAAUCCCAGUUCUUUGGCUGAAACACAAGAUCCACAAGGUGGGUUGUUUCAGGAAGCCUCUCAGGAGCAGGUCCAGGCUGCUCUCUUCCAAAAUACCAUGACAGUACUACAGUCUCCGGACCAACGGCCCUCAACCCCGGGACUUUUCCUCCCUCAGUCAUCCCUCCCCUCUCAGCUCACAACCAGUAGUGCUCAGCAACAACAGCAACAACAACAACAACAACAGCAGCAGCAGCAGCAGCAGCUGGCCUUCCUUAGUGCUCUACAAACACCUGCCCCUGAACCACAGUCAGUAUUUCAGGCUCAGACACAGCUGUCCCCCAUCCAACAAAGAAGCCCCAUGGAGCAGCAGCAGCCCUCCCAGCCUCAGCCCCACACACAGCCGGCCCAGCAGGCUUCCCUGUUUCAGAACAUCUCCCCACAUCCAUCUGCCAACACACUCUCUCCAGGCCAGCAGCAGCAACAGCAGGCUGGCCUUCUGUUCUGCAACAACCCCCUGUCCACUCCGGAUCAGGCCUCCAACCUCCUGUUCAGCAGCCAGGGCCAGAUGCCACCGCUGACCAGCAGCAGUCUAGUUUCCCAAGAGCCCCAAAACCCGUCUCUGCUCUUUUCCCAGGCCAGCAUGGUGACAGUAAACCAGCAGGAUCGCUCUGAGCCCAUGGCCUUAGGGAACCCCACCGAUCAACAACAGCAAGUCAUGUUUCAGGAGCAACAGCCAAUGCAGCUGGGCAGCAGCUCAAACAACCGGCAGGAGCAGCCUGUGGGCCUCUUUAUGCCUCAGUCUAACAUGGCCUCCCUGCAGGGGGGGCUGGCAGCUCAGGAGCUCGCACAGUCAGCCAUGUUUGUCUCUCAGAACGGCGUGGCAAACCACCAGACGACCACCUCCUCUCCUGUUCAACAGCCAGGGACUCUGUUUCAGACCGCUGUCAGUGGGAGCAUUAAUCAGCCCAGUCAGCCUCAACAACCUGGCCUCUUCCUUUUUGGGAUUGAGAACGAAUGUGGCCAGCUGAUGAACACUCCUGGAAACACGCUGUCGGAUCAGAUUAUUGCCAUCAGCCAAUCUGGUCAGAACCAAAGAGAGAGUGAUGCACACAUCCAGUCCCUGCUCAGCCAGUCCCUGUCUCAGUCUGGGCCUGUGCAGAACAGCAUGAGUGCCUCUCAAAAUAUGGAGAAAAUUGAUGACCUGCUGGUCAGUCUGCAGGACUCAGGCAGCAACUUAACCCGUUCAUACUAACUUUUAUGCAGGUUCACGGAUUGUCUUUUAUUUUUAACAGGUGGAAUAAUUGUAAAAUGUAGACAAAAAAGUCUAAAUAUUGUCUGUUAAUAAGCCCAUGCAGCAAAAGAUUUGUAAAUUUGUCUCGCAUCAUGAAGUUUGAGACAACAUAAGUCUCUUCCUCCUCAUGAAUAUUCUCCAGAGUUGCAUGGAUGAUAUCUGUUAUCUCGUUAUUAAGGACAAACUUGACAAAUUAAUAUCCAGACAGUGAACCAGGAAUUUGAUUUGGAAUUUCUUGGCUGAGUGGGCUGGCCGAGAAAGCGAAUGUCUCCUUUUAACUUUAUGACUGACUGACUCCCCAUUGUAACAAACGUGCAAAAUUAGAUAGGCUCCAGGCAAGAACAGAUAACUUGUCAUUACUGUUCUUUGAGAAAAGCAGCAUUUGGUGCUUUCCUUCAACUUUUCCUCUGAAAGAACAGUAGCUUAGUGGUCUUGUUACUCAUUAACUUGUGAAGUUGUGUGUGCAUCUGUAGAUAUAUAGUCAGUGAUUUUAUCUGCAGCGUCUUUCGGUUCUCGUGGUGUUUUCUAAAGUGUUCUCCAGAGUGUUUAGUGGUUUCCAUGAAUCGUGUUCCCUUUAAUAUUCUUUUGCAUUUUUGUUGCGUGGAAGGCGGAGUGUGCGGUGUAGCAGGAAGGUUUAGAGAAACUGCGGUAUGUAUGGUUGAAGACAUCCAAGAUGUGGAAGGUAGCCGCUGUUGACGUGGUUUAAAAUUAUUUUCACCCAACAGUGCAGGAAGUGUAUUGAAAGAAAGUUAGCGGGUUAAAGAUGAGGCAGAGAAAUGAGAGGUAGAAGAAAAGUAGGAAAAUCUGAUGUGUAGUCACAAACAAGCGUCUUUAUUCUAUAUGUGCUGAUUAUAUAAAUGUUGUAGCAGCCAGUAAUAUACAUAUAUUCACUCAAGCUGUCUCUGGAAGCCCACAAAGUAUAUUUUAAUUAAUAAUAUGUCAUAGAAGGAAACAGUGCUCAGUAGGUGUAUUACUAAUGUAAUGUAAUUAGUAAUGUGGCAUUUUGUUGCCUGGCUAAAUUAGAUCGAGUCUUGUCUAGACCUGUUUGGUGCAGUAAUACCUGUAAAAGAAUAUUUUAGCUGUCGGUGUGGCAGUGCAGUGAAGAUGGUCACCUCCAGCUGUGAAACAUAUCUUUCAGUACAAGAUACUUUAACAUCUCCACCACAGUGUACAGAUAGCACUUUAUGAUAUCAGUAAGCAAACAUGUUCCGGCUAACAUUUAGUCUGUAUUCAUCAAAUCCAAACUAUGUCAGUUUGGUACUUUUUUUUUUUUUUUUAAAUAACAGAUUCUCCUUUUAAUUCAUUAAAGGGGUGAAUCUUUUAAGAAAGUGUGGCGGUAGAAAAAUAACAAAUAUUGGCGAAGGCUUUUACAUUCAGCACUUUAUGAUGCUGUUCUUUGUGACCACUUUACUCAUCGAGGGUACAGUACAGUCCCACAAGAGGUGGUGGGUUGUUUGUUCAGCCGCCUCUUUCUCAUUGUUUACAGUGAAGAAGAUACUCUUUUUUUUUUUUUUUUUUUUUUAAACAUUCUGUUACAACUAUCAACUAUUCAUUCCCAAAACCUAAUACAUUAUUUAUUCCUGAAAACCAGCUAAGAAAUCUGGAGAAAUGAGUUAGCUAGUUAAAUCGAGACGAUCGAGUCGUUUUUAUUCAGUUGAUAUCAUUUCAGUUGACAUAUACCUCUUAUUCAAACACAUCUACAGUAGAGGGAGUAGAAUGUAAUGUUAUUAUUAUUAUGAUUAUUAUGUGUUUUAGUGUCAUAAUUCUGCGUCAGGCACGCAUGAAGUGGAAUAGUAUUCUUAAACAAGCUAGAGAAAAGCCUUUUUUGUUUUUACCAGUUUUAGUAAUGUUAUGGAUUUAGUGAAUGUUGAGGAGAAGCAACUGUUUGCUGGCUCAACUGUACACAACAUUAUACAUCUCAUCCAGCAGUUGGCUAGUGGCCUCAGGACCAAAGUUUGACUCAAAUCUUGCUUUGCAUAAAUCCUGAUGACAGGCCAGUUUUAUGGCUCAUAAGCUUUUAUUUCCUUUUUUUAAAAGAAACAUAGAUGAUUUCAUUAUAACGAUGCCCUGCUGCCACAUUUUUCUUUCUUUUCGGUUGUUGUGAAUUUUUUUUUUGGCAAAAAACUGUAUUUGUGUCAUGUUUAGUUUUACUGUAAGUGUAAGCAUGAACAAGGGGCUGGUCUCUGAUGAUGACAGAAUUAGCUCCCGUUUUAUGCCUCAGUCGUUGUUCUUGAUUUGUUUAUUAGAAACACAAAACAGCUUUACAUUUUAUACACUUUUAAGUCAGAAACAGCUAUUAUUUUAUGAUGGAGAUUAUGUUAACUUGGCUAAUGUGAUUUCAGUCACUACGGCGUGUCAGUUUGAGUGGUUGUGAGUGUUUUUUAAAGGGACCCUACUCCUGAAGGAAACCUGACUUUGGAGAAAAGAGCUACCUGGGAUUGGCUUUCUUCAAAUUGUGAAAUAGAAGAACUAAAAUUUCCAGUGUUGAGUAUUUAUGAUUUUAUUUGUUUUUGUUUAUUUUAAGUUUAGAUUUUUUUUUUUUUUUUUUUUCUGUGUAGUACAUGUGCCUCUCUUCGGAGAAGCAUAUUUAAUUUAUUUGUGUGUUGUUUAUUAUCUAAAUAGUUUCACGUAAUCAGCUAUGUUCAGAUAUAUUCUAACUAGAUUGAUGACAGCAAUGUGAUCUGGCGCCCCCCCACACCUGCUGAUACUAGCACCUUGUGAUGAUGGUGGUGAUGCCUUUAAAAGAGACCGUAAAGUGAUUUGUACACUAUGAAUAUUAUGCGCAUUGCUGUGCACAGUUAGUGUUUUGUUAUAAUAUAAGCCUGCAUGUACAUAUCAUGUGGUUGUUCAAGGCUAAUAAUUGAAUUGCUGGCCCUGUAUUCCUUUUUUACCAAAUAGUUGAACAUUCAAACAGCUUUUAAUUAAAAAUUAGAAAUCCUUCAAAGCAGGGCCAACAAAUGUCAGUGUUUUUACUAUAAAUAUAUAGAACUGAAUGUGAUUAUACAGCAUGGCUGUAAAUGUGUCACUUGGAUCCAAAAUGCUCUUUUAUACACAUACUGGGGAGGUAAUUACUUUUUUUGAAAUUACAGUUUCCUCAUUUGUGUGUUUCCAAUGUAACUGGAGAUCAGAAAUAUGUAAAAGCGUGACUCAUUAUACAGUCACUACUAACUGUAUGGAAAAGGUUCUCAUAUUUCCUACAGACUACAGACUCUAACUGUCUCUAUUUCUUGCAAUAGAACAAGUGGUUUUCUUUUAAUAUUACCCAUUAAUUUAAUGUCAACAAAUUAAAUCUGCUGUCACAGGUGUUAUUUUUGUUCCUAAAAUGUCACUUUAGACACCAAUAGAAAAUGUACAUGUGCCUCGAGGAGAUGUUGUAGUAGCGACCAGAUGGAUGUUUUACCAUUGUUGCCUGUUGAAUACCCCUGGUUCUGCCAGUGAUGAUUAGUCCUCAUUAACUAGAAUGUUUUAAGCCAAAAGACUUUAAAUGUACUUUAAAUGCUCAACAACAGUGACCAGAUAAAUGUGGUUGUGUUUGAUAAAUGUGUUGUGCAAUUUCUGUCAUGCAUCUAACUAGUUUGUACUGAAGUAUCCAUUGCAUUUAUGUUAUACAACGUAGAUGCAGACACAUUUUCCCUGAAACUGCUAUGCAGCUAAUAUACUGUAAAUGUAGAUCUGUUAGUUUUUGAAUAUAUAUUUUUCUAAACAGCAUAAAGUAGAAACCAAAGUAGAUGUUCUUUCUAUUAUUUAUGUUGCUUGUUGAAAUAUUUUCUGAUGCUUUGAGUGCCGCCUGAAACCGAUUUUUAAUCUUUUAAUCAGUUUUUAAAAAAAUGCAAAUUUCUCAAUGCAUGCUAGAACAGUUUUGUCCUAUACUGUAAUUUUAGAGCAAUUACAAAUUCUGCAAAACAUACAUUUUCAUGUAAUUUGUUCUAAGUCUGGUAUUAUUAUUUUCCUAAAUCCAUUCUCAACAUUUCUGUUACAUCUUUAACUGUCACUCUUUUAGUAAACCGCAUAUUUUUAGUCCUGGAAACAGCAAGGGGGAAUGUUUUCAUAUAUAUUUUUUCUAACCAUGUGAACAACUGUCAAAUUAUUACCCUUUGGGGAGAGGGACCUUUCUUCAUAUUUUGCUUUUUUUGGGGAUUUUUUCAAUCUUUUGCAAUUCCGUUUCUGUAAACUUGCUGCUAUCUAUAUUAAACAUAUAUACUUUAAAUGUUA